AUGAUCAACGCAGUGCUCGUCUUCAACAACAACGGGCAAGCCCGGUUGACCAAGUUCUACACCCAAAUCGACACCCAAACGAAACAAACCCUCAUCACCCAGAUCUACGACCUCGUCUCCCAACGACCGGCAACGGCCUGCAACUUCCUCCCUCUCCCUCCCCUCCUCGCCCGUGGAGCCAGCGCCAAUGCCAACGGUCCUUCCGAUGCCCCAGCUCAGAUCACCUACCGUACAUACGCGACUCUCUCUUUUAUCAUGAUCUCCACGUCGACCGAGUCACCGCUUGCGCUCAUUGAUCUCAUCCAGGUCUUCGUCGAAGCGCUUGAUCGCAUCUUCGAGAACGUGUGCGAGCUCGACCUUAUCUUCGGCUUUGAGACCAUGCAUGCUGUUCUGAGUGAGAUGAUUGUUGGAGGCGUGGUGGUUGAGACGAAUAUCGAGAAGAUUGUCGGCGGGGUUCAGAGUCAGGAGGGGAACUUGGGGAAGAGGAAGGCUAUACAGGCGGCGAGCUCCGGGGUAGCCAGGGGUGGAUUGUCAGGACUUGCUGCUUGGCGAUGA